UUUAUUUUUACUGAAACAGUUGGAAUCAUAUUAUAUUUAUCAUAAAAAAUUUUAAUUAUUAUUAAACUCAAUAUUGUCAUAAAUUAUUAAAUUGUUUUUUGACAAUUUAAUUUGACUCCAGUUCAAAAAACCACAAUAAUAAUUACGACAACAGUAGCCAACACUAUUAUAUGAUGAUUAAACUAAAGCGCAUGAGCACUUAUUAAUAAGUUUUUCCAAGGGUUUGCAUUGUGUAUUUCCAAAUUUUCUUAUUGAGCAAACGAUGCUCCAAAGUGAUAUGAUUUUUUGGCUUCUUCAGCCAAAAUAAUAAUAAGUUAAUUCACGUGGUACCUUCAUCAUCAUAUUAUAAUAUAAUCAUCAUUAUUUUUAUUAGUAUCAAAAAUUGUGAAUUAAUAAACGUCAAUUGAAUUAUUGAUAAAAUUAAAUCGAAAUGUUCCAAAGAUGUGGCGAAGGAGUGAAUUUAUCGAACAACAAUUGUACAGCAUCAAGAAAUUAUUCAACUUUCGACGAAGGACGAGUUAUCAGUUUAGAGCCUUUAAAAGAUGAUGAGCUUUUUGAAGUUAGGAUCGAUAAAAAGAUUCGAUCCUGUGAUGAGGGCAAAAUAGAGAUUGGAGUCACCACUUGUGACCCAGAAACAAUGGAAAUGGUUGAUUGGACAUCAAGCUUAGGUCAAACAUGGAUAAUGACAAAUAGUGGAGUUUUACGAAAUGGACGUCUUAUCACCGAUGCUACAUAUGGUAAUAGAUUAAAUAAUUUAGAAGAAGGUCACACAAUUGGAGUAAUGAAAACUUCUAAUAAUGAACUGAUGUUCUUUAUAAAUGGAGUAUCACAGGGAAUAGCAGGAACAAACCUUCCAUCUCGUUUAUUCGUUUUAAUAGAUAUGUAUUUUGAUUACGUUCAAAUAACAAUAAUAAAUCCUAAGUCACUUUUAUCAAUGGAUGAACCAAAAGAUGAGAUGGAUGUAAAUAAUGAAUAUCCUAAUGAUGAAGCGUCGUCAGUAACAAGCAUGGUAGCUAAUUUAAAUGUCAACCUUAAUGUCAAUAUGAAUGUCAAUCUUCCAAAAAAUUCAGAAGCAUCAGCAGCAGCAAUUCGAGAAGAUCGUUUAAGAUUUCAUGAACGUGUUGGAGCACUAGUAAAACUAUCAAACAAUGCCAGAACUGCAGAGAGAAGACGGCCGUUUGAUGAAUUCAAUGACGGUGUUGUAAUGACACAUAGACCUUUAAGAGAUAAUGAACUAUUUGAAAUUCGUAUAGAUAGAUUAGUAGAUAAAUGGUCUGGAAGUAUUGAAGUUGGUGUAACGACUCAUAAUCCAACGGCAUUAAUGUUUCCAGCGACAAUGACUAAUAUGCGUUCCGGAACAACAAUGAUGUCUGGAUGUGGAAUUUUAACAAAUGGCAAAGGGAUACAAAGAGAGUAUGGAGAAAUAAAUUUAGAUGAACUUAGAGAAGGCGAUAGAGUUGGAAUGAUUAGAAGAAGUAACGGAAAUCUACACUAUUUAAUAAAUGGAUUGGAUCAAGGUGUUGCUGCUAAAGUUCCAGCUGGUGUUUGGGGUGUUGUUGAACUCUAUGGAAUGACUGUAAAAGUAACGAUUGUUGAUAGAGAUGAAAGAGAAGAACAAAAUUUAGUAACACGUAGAAAUACACUACAUCUUCAAGGUUUAACUGAAGUGGAUGAAAUUGAUGAACCACCACUGGACAGGCUUACCUUUCAUCCUUGUUGUGGUACUCAUGCAGACGUUAUAAACAACGGACGAACGGCACAUAGGCCUAAUGCUAUGGAUGAUUUUAAUAACGGUGUUGUACUUACAAUGAGACCUCUAAGACCCAAUGAGUUGUUUGAAGUUCGGUUAGACAAAAUAGUUUCGAAAUGGGCAGGUUCUAUUGAGAUUGGAGUGACUACUCAUGCUCCAACUGAACUUGAAUUCCCGUUUACUAUGACAAACGUUCGUUCUGGUACAUGGAUAAUGACAGGUAAUGGAGUCAUGCAUGAUGGGACUUCAAUCAUUGAUCAAUACGGACAAAAUCUUGAUCGACUAAAAGUUGGAGAUCGGGUUGGAGUUAUGAGAAAAGACAAUGGAACCUUACAUUUUUUUGUAAAUGGUGUUGAUCAGGGAUCAGCUGCUGUUGGAGUUCCUGAGAGAGUGUAUGGAGUGAUUGAUUUAUACGGUCAAGCUACACAGGCUACAAUUAUAGAUAAUAGUGAUUUUUACAGUCCCACAACCAAUAAUUCUAGCUUCAGUAAUACCACGUUGUACAGUGACUUGAGAUUUCACCAUGUACAUGGUAAACAUGCAAGAAUUUCCAAUAAUGGACUGACAGCCUCUAGAAUCCGAGCUUUAGGGGAAUUUAAUGAAGCCAUAGUAAUAGCUAAUAGACCUUUACGUGAUGGAGAACUCUUUGAGGUGACUAUUGAUAGAAUGGUUGGACGUUGGACGGGUUCGAUUGAAGCAGGUGUAACAGCUAUUCGACCAGAUGAGUUAGAAUUUCCUUCGACAAUGACUGACAUAGAUCAUGAUACAUGGAUGUUAUCGGGUCCAACAGUAAUGCGAGAUGGAAUGCCUUUACGACAUCAUUAUGCUUGUGAUCUUGAUACUUUAACCGAAGGAAAUAGAAUUGGGAUGAUGCGUUGUUCAGACACAACUCUUCAUUAUUUUAUUGAUGGAGUUGAUCAGGGUGUUGCGUGUAGUGGUCUUCCACAACACGUAUAUCCAGUAAUCGACUUAUACGCUCAAUGCGCCCAGGUAACAAUUGUAGCUCCUGAAAGAAGAGAUACUAUAAUACAGCAAUAUUUACCAUCAGAGAAUAGUAUCAGUCAACAGCCGACAUCAGUGAUUCAACAGCCUCAAACUCAAAUGGAAAUUACUCAUAAGUUUCAUCCAUCAGUUGGCUUAAAUAUACAAUUAAACAGUGACCGUAUUACAGCAACAAGAUGUCGAGAGUAUAAUCAUGCAGUUUUAUUAAGCGAGUGUGGUUUAGAAAACAACGAGCUCUUUGAAAUAGAAAUUCAAGAAGUGGCGUCAGAAUGGAGUGGUUCAUUAAAAAUAGGUGUUAUAGAAAAUGAAAAUGCUAGCUGGUUAACAUCAAUGGAUUUAGUUCCAGGGAUUAAUUCAAUUCCUUCUGAUGCUUGGUAUAUAACGGGAAAUGAAAUUCGUCAUAAAGGCUAUGUUCUAUACUCGAACUACUGUCCUAAUUUAGAUUGGUUACGAACGGGUGAUAAAAUAGGAGUAAAAAGAAAUCAUGAAGGUGAUUUAAAAUUUUACAUUAACGGCGAAGAUAUGGGAGUAGCUGCAAUAAAUAUUCCUGAAAUGGUUUGGGUGGUAGUUGAGCUUUUUGGAAGUACAAUUGCUGUAAAAAUAACUAGUAGUAAACAACAUCAAACGUCAAUUGUAUCUCCAAAUGCUAGUUUAAGACUUCAAGAUUCCUUAGAAUUGCUGUUAUUAGAUCCAAUGCCACCAAUUAUGAGAAAUGAUGGUGAAGGUGUUGAUUCAUUGUCGCCGAUGGAUGCUCCUGAAGCAAAAUUACAGCAAGUUAUCUUAUCUCCUGCCUCUUCUAUGUUACCAACAGUUAUUGCGUCUACAGGAGAAACUGACUACGGUUAUGAAUUCCAUGAAAAUCAUGGGAAAAAUAUUGAAUUAGAUGGCCGUACAGUAGCUAGAAGAGUUGCUAGCUACAAUCAAGGAGUUGUAAUGUCUAGUCGUCCAUUAAUUAAGUGUAAAAUAUUCCAAGUAGAAAUUCAAAAAGUGAAUGAUCGAUGGGUAUCAGGUAUGCUUUGUGGAGUUACAUGUAUUUCUCCAGAAAAGGCAACAUUUCCUCUCACUGCUAUGGGAUUUAAAAAAUAUUCGUGGAUCAUUUGUAGUGAUUGGAUAUCUCAUAACGGUACUAAAGUAACAACAAAAUAUGGCUCAAACUUGGAUAACUUGCAAACUGGUUCAACAAUAGGAUUAUUAAUUGACGAAGAAUCCAGAUUGCAUUUAUUUAUUAACGGAGUCGAUCAAGGAAUAGCUGCUACCGAUCUUCCGCCCUAUGUUUACGCUGUGAUUGAUCUUUAUGGUCAAAUAGAACAAAUUUCACUCAUUGGACCAAUUUCUGAAACAAUUAUUACAAAUAAUGAUGCUAUAAAUAUGGCUAUAGCCAGUAAUACUGAAAGAGUAACAUCAGCAAAUGAUGACGUAGAUGAAGUAGAAAAUUCACGAGAAAAAGCUGAUUUAGAGUGUCAUGAGAAAGAAAAUAUUCCUGCUGCAAUUCCGUCCAGUAUAUCAUUAAAUGUUCAGGCUAUUGGUGAUGAAAUAUCAGCUUUAAUUAGCAAUAGUAUUGAAACAACGUCAAAAUUAAAUCCAUCAAUGCAUAGUAAUAUUUCUAAUUUUAAUAAUAAUUUACCUGGCAAAUCAAUGAUGACGAAGAGCACUACUAGCAGUAUUAAUUCUGACAGUAAUAAUUCAAUAAAUGAACUAGAAGUUCGUAAUGAUACAAAACCAUUAACAUUAAAAUGUCCAAAAAUGAAAAAUCCUAAUGUAUCAUACGACAGUAAUAACACUUUGUCAAACAACGAUCUAGGAAAUUGUGAAGACAAUGCUUCUGAUGUCACUCGGAACAUUAGAAGGAAUGAUUGUACAAAUGUAGAAAUUAAUAAUGCAACGAAUAUUAAUAUUAAAAAUGGCUCAGCAGCAUCGUCGAGUAAUAUGUCAAGUUUAAAUACGGCGAUAAAUUACAUGAAUGCAAAUAAUGCGAUCAAUGAAAGUAUCGCGUCCAGUGGCCAAAUAAAUAAUAUUUCUGCAUCUCAUUCCAAUUCUAAUCACUCAAGUGAUAAUAAUAUUAAUCAAAAUAAUUCUCAAUGUCAUAAUAUCUAUAAUAAUUUGAGCAACUUGACAACAGCAGCAACAUCUUUUAAUAGUUUAUCUAAUUCCUGUCAAGAUAUUCAAGGAAUAAAUCGUCAAAACAAUCAAAUAGUCAAAAAAAAUAGUCAUGCUAUAAUUUCUAAUCAAAAUGGUACAAUUAAUAAUAAUCAACAACAAUCUACAUUGAGUUGUGGACAUCAUCUAUCUUCACCACUAUUACCACCACCACUAACUCCACUAUUUAAUUCUACAAUUAUAUUAACAACUUCUAAAAAAUGUGAAUAUCUUAAAGCUUGUACGAGACUUAAAAAAUCUCUUGUGUUGCCUGAUGAAUUUUUUCUACUUGACGAAGUAAGCUGUUAUUGUAAUUCUUGCUAUAAAAUUGAUGGUGAUGGAGCUAUUUGCAAAAAAGGUGAUCCACCAGCAGAAUUUGCUGUUCCUGUUGGCUGGGUUAAAUUUCCUCUGAAACAAACAAUUAAUUCUAAUCAAAUUCCUCAAAGCACGACAGACAAGUGGCAUGUUGCUUAUUAUCGUACUCGAUUAGAUUCAAUUAGAUGGAUUCUUGAUAGAGGUGAACUUCUACCAAUGGAGCAAUUAAUUACGAGCAAUUUAACAGCAAUUAUAAACAGUGAAAAUCAAAACCCUCAAGUUGUUUUCUCACCAAAUAUAAAAUACGUUACAUCCAAUGAAUGUACUAAAAAGUACCUAUACAUUGAUACUCAAUCGAACAAAAAACUCAACGCUUCAACGGCCUUUCAAUUACAAGUUAGACCUGGUUCAUACACAAUGGGUUCAGAAAAAAAUGGUAGUGAUGGUUUUGAAGCAACAGAAUGGGCAACGAAGGAGACAGGAGCUACAGUGAUUGUAGCUCUAUUAAUACAUCUUGAUGAAAUUUGAGCACAAACUUUACCAUUUCUUCAAUACGUACAUAAUGCACUGUUAUCAGUUUCGUUAUAUUUGUUAGUUAAUUAUGAAUUAAUUGACUUACCGCUAGAUUAUAAGAAUUCGUAAUAAACAUAAACAUUUAUUUUAAUCUAGCUAAUAUAUUUAUGAAAAUUCCAUUUAUAGAUACAUAGAUAAUAGUAAUCGUAGAACCUUGUUGCAAGUAAAUAUGAUUGUACGUUAUGAAUUCUCUAUUGUAACAUAUUGCUUAAUAUUCUGAGUUUUUAUUAUUAUAAUAAUUGUA